CGAGGCACGCCGCGCCCCUCCCGUACAUAUAUAAACCAGUCUACGCGGAUUUCUUUCAAAAGUACCGACAAACCAAGGACAUUAUACUACAGACCAACAUUUAUACACGCACAACAGAUGAAGGACGCUCUCCGUAACUGGCCGGCGUCAAGCUCUCGGUCAGUGAUAAGAAUCGACUAAUUCGUAAAAGGAAUGGCGGGACAAGUUGCCGGGCCGUACUUCGCACCUGUCAAAGGAAAGGUUACUGAGCAUCCCGAGGAGGAGGCGGGUGCGGAGAAACAGCAGCACACGAUGGAACUAGGGAGCAACCGAAACAUGGGGCACAACCUGCUACAGUACAUCCUGAACGCCGACCCCGCCUCCAGCGACGAGCUGAGGACCACCACCAGUAUAAACGAGUCAGAAUUCGGUAUCGGAAGACUUUCAGCGAGCCCCGUCCUCGGGUCGACGGAGGAAACCCAGCGACCGUCCAGACUGUAUCACCCGAUCGUUACUCGCGUCCGACCAGAACACGUCGAGCGGCGCUGUCAUCUGAGAAACUGCAACAAUAACCGCGUCUAUGAGAAACACAGCCCUUCGCCGAAAAGCUGUUGUCACGCGGUGAGGAAGACCCCACCGGUCCUUCGGCACACGUGUAAGUCACGCUUUACCUCCAAAGGGAAGGACUCAAGCCUUUCCUCACACCACAUACCAGACGCAAAGCUGGCAGGUACUGUUGAAAACGGAUGGCAGUACCACGACAUGGAGGACAGUUUUGAAGAUUCGGGAAUAGAACAAAGUUUAGAUCUACCCGGCGAUCCAAACAACGAGAGCCAAGAAAGUUCACCACGUGACUCCAAAGACUCUCGAUUGGUUGACACUGUCCGACAGCAGGACCGUUACCAUAACGACAGUUCAAGUCCUACAGACGACAGGCACGGCAGAGGUCGUAAGAAGGUCUCGGCUGAUGUGAGCCGUAGUCCCGACCAGAGGUCUUGUGAGACCAGAACCACGUUCUGUAGCAGCGGCAUGAGCCUGUACAGCGACCGGAAUGCAGAACUCGCACAGGGACGCGCUGUUCUUCAUACAUACAGGAGGAAGUCGUCUGCUGAUCUGGCUCAGGAUUUACUCAAGUACCAAGGGAAACAUAAGAUGCUGAAAUACAACGGUGAACACAGUGAGACGAAGCUGCUGAAGCGCCCCCAUACGGCACCGCCGACAACUGCAGGCCAGACUGCGGAGUACAUGCUCCAGCGGGCCUACUUUAGCCUGGAACAUGCAGACAUCAAACGGAGGAACGCCGAGAUCAUAAAGAUGCAGCAAGAGCACACGCGGCACCACCAGAGGCUGAAGCACCUGUUCGACCUGGAGUGGCAGCAGCAGCAGAUGAGGAACAUGCACCUGUACGCACGCGAGAACGGCAACAGCGACGGCAGCUACCAUGACCUCACCAACAUGCACCACUUCAACCGGAAGUGUUGCCAUGGAAACGGGGAUCACCAUGGAGACGGAAAUCCGGAGGACAGAGCUAGAACCGCGCCACCAGAUGCUCAUUCCAAGUCACAGAAUAGAUCCGUGACGUCGACUUUUCCUGCGACCAAGCCGUUUCUGAUGCCCUACAGACAAGCAAAAGUGGCGGGGAACUGGGGGAAAAGUCACAGAGAAGAAAGUAAUGGACAGAGACAGACCGCCCGAGGCACAUCAAGAACUCGUCGCAAAGAAAGUCUGGACAGAAUGAAGGCCAGGCAAAGACAAGACGCCACCGAGCAGGAAAACAAAAAGAAAGCAGAACUGUGGAGCACGAGAAUGAAAUGGGAACCAGUGAAACUUUAGACUCUCGAACUCUGUUCAACGUCAGUCGUUGUUGUACCGCAAGACUCCAAUAGGCGGCGCUCGUGGAGCGAUCAUUGUCCAGGGCCUUUCAAGUUGCCAGAUCCGUUAUGUUCGUCGGUCAACUUCGCCUUAUAGAGGAGCCAAGCAUAAAGCUAAAGGUGGUCGCGAGAUGUGGAAAUGAUAUACAUGUACUAGUAUCUGCAACAGAAGGAUCAUAUCAAACAUUUAGAGAAGAAUGUCGAUAGAUACCGGGAGAAUGAGAAACCAAAAACCAUGAUUCAAGAAGUAAUCCUACUCACAUCAGUUUCUCAUACAAACCUCCAUGUGAACCUACGUCAUAACGCUGCUAUGGGUAGAUUAGUUUACCUUUGUGUGGUCUAUGUAUAAACGUGUCUUUGUGUUGUAUAAACGUUCAACUCAUUGCGAACAAUAUUUGGCAACAUUCAAACCUAGAAUUAGAAUCACCAUCAAUAUCACUUUGAGGUCAUUGACUGAUACCACUUUUUUUGUACAUAAAGCGAACAGAGAAUGUUGGAAGUACAUGCACUAGUAUUUGUUAAUUUCCAAGCAGAUCAUACGGUGACAAGGUAGUGUCCAUUGGCCAGAGGAGUGCCCAUU